CCUGAAAGCCAAAAGAAGAACUCAACUUGAAGUUGCUUUGCCUUUUUACAAUCCAUCAACUUAGGCUUUUGUAAAAAAGAUGGAUUCCUUUUCUGUAAACUCGAAGAAAUCUUUCCACAUUCGUUCAAACAGUUUGCCUUCAAAGCCACAUCCAGUUGUGGAUGAAGUUAAUGAACAUCUCUGCAGAUUGAAGGCCUCUGAAGAAGCCACUUCUUCAUCCUCUUCUCUGUGCCAAAAACUUGAUGGUCUCCAAGAUUUACAUGAUUGCAUUGAUAAGUUGCUUCUUUUGCCACUCACUCAUCAAGCUCUUAUUGACAACAAGUCUGUUGAUGACUUGCUUGAAGGAUCUCUCAAGAUCUUGGAUGUGUGUGCUUUGGCUAAGGAUGUUUUGUCACAAAUGAAAGAAUCUGCACACGAACUUGAGUCCGCUUUGCGCAGAAGAAAAGAUGGCAUGGUUGAUAUUCAAAAGUAUUUGAACUCAAGGAAGAUGAUGAAAAAGGCAAUCCACAAGGCCUUGAAGGGAAUGGAAAAAACAAGUUCCCAAAAAAGUGAUGAAAGUUUAGAAAUUGUUAAGUUGCUAAAGGAGGCAGAAACUGUUACAUAUAACAGCAUUGAAUCCUUGUUGUCGUUCGUAGCAGGACCAAAGUUGCCAUCAAAGAUGAGCAAAUGGUCUUUGGUUUCCAUGUUGAUGCAACCUAAGAGAGUAGCUUGCAAAGAUGAUUCCACAGAUGCAAAUGAAGUGGAGAUGGUGGAUGCUGCAUUAAAUUCGAUCACCAAUCGCAAAUCUGAUUGUUUUGCACAAGGUGAAGAUGUCCAAAACUCACUGAGGAAAUUGGAAUUGUGUAUUCAUGACAUCGAAGAAGAUCUCGAGAGUCUACAUCGCCUUCUUAUCAAAAACAGAGUCUCAUUUCUUAACAUCCUAAAUCACUAAGGAUGAAAUUUCAAAUUUUUGUCAAAUGUAAACACCACAGUACAUAUAUACACACAAAUAUAUAUUAUAACAAUUUUACAAAGCAAACCUUCUUCUCUAGCCAA